AUGAACACACUAAGUUUUCUGCUUCUCCUUCUACUGUCCCUGUCCAUAUGCAGCUCAAUGGAUGAUUUUCGAGUGACCCUUUUUAACGACUUGGCCAAAAACACCAAUCUGAAUGUUCAGUGCCAAGCCGCCGGCGUGGAUCCAAGCCAUUCGAUUCUAUUUUUACAUGACUUUACCUGGAACGUCAAUCCUAGCACUGUGUUGUCUUGUGACAUGAGUUGGGGAAAUGUAAAUGGGCAUUUCGACAUAUUUGAUGCUAAAAGAGAUUCAACUAGGUGUUCCAGAAAUUUCUGCGCUUGGCGCGUGAAGCAGGAUGGCUUGUAUCUCUUCAUCGAGGCGCAUAAGAGGUUGGAGUUGCAGUUUACAUGGCCUCACUGA